GGAGCCCAGGAGGGAUGAAAACUGAGAGAGACGAGAGGAGAGGGUUGAAAUAUCCAACUCUGGAGCGAAGUUAUUCCAGAUAAUCUGAAAAAGGCCUUAACUUGCUCACUUUCUUGCUUACUUGCUUCCUUGCAUCUUUGCUUCCUUGCAUUCUUGCUUCCUUGCUUACUUACUUACUUGCUUCCUUGCAUUCUUGCUUCCUUGCUUACUUACUUACUUGCUUCCUUGCAUCCUUGCUUCCUUAUUUACUUACUUACUUUCUUGCUUCCUUGCUUGCUUGCUUACUUACUUGCUUUCUUGCAUCCUUGCUUCCUUAUUUACUUACUUACUUUCUUGCUUCCUUUCUUGCUUGCUUACUUCCUUGCUUCCUUACUUACAUACCUACUUACCUACUUGUGGCUUACUUGCGUCCUUGCUUACUUACUUGCUUCCUUGCUUGCUUACUUACUUAUUUGCUUACUUGUUUACUUGCUUCCUUACUUGCUUCCUUGCAUCUUUGCUUGAUUACUUGCUUACUUCCAUACAUCCUUGCUUCCUUGCAUCCUUGCAUCCUUACUUGCUUACUGGUGAUACCGGUGCUGCUGUACGCUCCGUUCGACUGCCAGCAGCGAUCUGAUCCACUGAAAAGCUUCGACAUCCAAUAGGAGGCGGAGGAGCGCGGCUCGUUUCCAUGGGAGGCCCCGGGAGGCGAUGCCAAGCCGCCAGGAAGAAGCCCAGUGCGCGGGGAGAGGCGCAGGCAGUCGCCGGGGCUGGAGCCGAUCCUGCCGGCCGCAGCGUGGCUUUCUGUGCGCGGAUGAACACGACGCGAAGGGGAAAGAGAAACUGCGUUGUAGAAAGAGGCUGAAGCAGGAACGUCAUUAACUUCUUUCUCAAGCUGCACUUUGCGGACCUGACAUCGAGGAGGAUGGAUGGAAAUCACGACCAGCUGGUGCCUUACAGUAAAUCUACAACGCUGCAGAAAAAGACAUCUUGCCAUGAGAGUCCAGCAGACGACAGAAAAAGAAAAUUCAUUAAGUCCAACCUGGCUCUGGACACUGAAGAGCUUUUCCAGGACCUCCGUCAGCUGCAGGAGGCAUGGCUGGCAGAAGCUCAAGUUCCCGACAAUGACGAGCAGUUUGUUCCAGACUUCCAGACAGAAAACUUGGCUUUCCACGGACUGCAGCUGAAGAUCAAGCAGGAGCUGCACAGCCCGUGCUCAGAGCUGAGCUCCAACUGCAGUCAGGAGCGGCCCUUCAAGCUCCAGUAUGGAGAGAAGUGUCCAUACAGCAUCAGUGCCUAUGAGCAGAAGCACCAUACAGGAAUGAAGCCCUCCAGCCCUGUGACGCCCCCCUGCAGCACCCCGGUGUCCCCCCUUCACCAUGGCUCGCCCCCACCCAAACCGGACCGGACUUACGCCCACAUCCCGCCCUCGCAGCCUCUCCCGGACAGCGCCUACUCCAUGGACCACAGAUUUCGACGUCAGCUCUCUGAGCCGUGCCACUCGUUUCCCUCCCCGCCGACGAUGGCCCGGGACAGCCGGCCCAUCUACCACCGGCAGCUGUCGGAGCCCAGCAUCCCCUUCCCCCCUCAAGGCUUCAAGCAGGAGUACCCGGACCCCCUGUUCGAGCACCCGGCCAUGAUGGGAGCGCCGCUGCCCCACGCCUACCCAGCCAGCAUGAUGAUCAAGCAGGAGCCCAGGGACUUCACCUAUGACUCAGCAGAAGUGCCUAGCUGCCAUUCUGUCUACUUACGGCAAGACGGCUAUCUGGCUCAGACUAACAGGACUGAAGGUUGUAUGUUUGAUAAAGUGGCAAGGCACUUCUACGACGACACCUGCGUCGUACCUGAAAAAGUCGAAGGUGACAUCAAGCAGGAGGCGGCCCUGUACCGCGAGGGCCCGUCCUACCAGCGCCGAGGCUCGCUGCAGCUCUGGCAGUUCCUGGUGGCUCUUCUGGACGAUCCGUCCAACUCACACUUCAUCGCCUGGACCGGCCGUGGCAUGGAGUUCAAACUCAUCGAGCCAGAAGAGGUGGCGCGUCGGUGGGGGAUCCAGAAGAACCGGCCAGCGAUGAAUUAUGACAAACUCAGCCGGUCGCUUCGCUAUUACUACGAAAAGGGAAUCAUGCAAAAGGUUGCCGGUGAGAGAUACGUCUACAAGUUCGUGUGCGACCCAGAGGCCUUGUUCUCGAUGGCGUUCCCCGACAACCAGCGGCCGGUGCUGAAGACGGACAUGGAGCGUCAGAUCAACGAGGAGGACACCGUGCCGCUGUCGCACUUUGACGAAAACAUGGCGUACGUUCAGGAGGGGCCCUACUGCCAGCCGCACCCCUACAGCGAAGGCUACGUUUAUUAGUGACACACACACCUUCACUCCGCCCCGUCUCCUCCGUACACCUGAGACCGUCAUGUCCUCUGAUUCACAGUCGCUCUGGGAAAAAGACUGAACACACACACACAUACACACACACACAGAGUGGCACUUCCCUCGAUCAUCAACACAUUCACUCAUCUUUGCUCUUAUCUUUCUGGCGUCCAGAGAGUGCACUUUAUGGACAGGAGCAGCACCAGAGUCUGUGUGUUUGGCGUUUUACCCGUUUAUGUUUGUACAUUGCAGCUGAACGCAUCCUGUUUAUUUUUUAUUAUCAUUUUGCGUAUGAGGCUGGAACUUCGGUUUCCUGCAAAAGGAACUCGUCUCUGCACACGUGAAGCAAAUAGAAGAAGGAAAAACUCUUGUUUUGUCCUAAUGCAAACAUCUUCUACUGGAAAUCUAACAAUGCUUCCACAGUGACGAGAUUGUUCUGACGCGAUGGUGAGGAAAAAGGACAUUUUUAGCCGUUUUGGUGGGAACUUCCUCGCCUCCAGGCUGACCCAGCUCUCUGCCAUGACUCCAACCAAACUGUAGAUCUUCGUCAUGUAGAUGUUUUUGCUGUAACAACAUCAUUUCCUCAUCAACUAAAAAAGAAAAAAAAAAACCUUGUGGGUCACAGCUACGAGGAUGCACUGGAAUCUUUUAGGAUAAACGUCAAGAAAUAACUCAGUCGCUGUGUGAAAAAAAAAAAAGAAAAACUGAUUUGUAUUCAUUUUUCAUUCAGGUGUUCGGUUUUUCAGUGAAAAACAGGUGACUUCUAUGUACAGUUAAAAUUAAUUCAGAAUACCUAUUGCAUCCCCAAAUUUCAAUAAGUGGAUUUAAUCAGCAAAAGAAAAAACAUUACAUUUUUUUCAGUUCAGUUCCAGGUGAACGCAAAUGUCUUUGUUUCUGAAAAAAUAAAAAAAAUAAAAGUUGCUUUGCCAUCAUUAGUUUGCUUUUUGGUAAAACAAAAGGAGCUAUUUAGAAGUUUAUAAUGUGGUGAAAUAAAGGAAGUCGUGUUAUAUAAUAAUGUUGUAUAAAUCAGGUACAUGCACAUUUUGUUGCUGCUUCAAAUUGUAAGUGUAUUUUCUAGUCAAGAUAAAAGAAAAUCAAAAAACUGAAAGCGUUUAGCAACUUUGGCCUGCUGCUCUGGAUUUCUGUUUAUUGUUUUUAUUUAUUUAUUUUUGUUUCAUUCAUGCAUCCAGAAAAAAAAAAGAAAUGUCUGGUCUGUCUGUUUUUGGAGGUUUACAUGUGUGGGAUGAGAAUGGCAAUAGGAACGUUCUGUAAUAAAACAAACAAAAAAACUAAAUUAUGUCCACUUGUUAAUGCUUACAUAAUUAAACAAUCACAUGAAAGGUUUUGUCAAAA